GAGCUUCAAAACUGGAAAGUACGGAACACUGAAAAGUGUUUACUUGCUUUCAUUUUCACUUUUUGUGCUGACUAACUGCGACUGUUUUCCGCGUUGUGUACAAUUAGACAUUUAGGAUAAUCGCGCAUUCUUUCAACUAUUUAAUUAUUGCCUAUUAUUGCAUUGAAACGGGUAUUUUUUGACUAUCAAAUAAAUAUAUUCCCAUCACACAAGAUGACUUCCAUAGACAUUCGCCCGGAGUCCAAGAAGAUGGUUGAUGACUUCUGCACUCAGCUCACUAAAGAGGCAGAGACCCUGGUCACAUCAUUCUUCCCUCAGAAGAUUGCAGAGAUGGAGAUGCUAUUGAAGAAGUCCUUUAGCACUGAUGGCCUGGCAGCGCUGAAGUCACCUCUGGACAUCCCAAUGCCAGACCCAGCUAAAGAAGAGGCAAAGAGAAAGAAGAAAGAGGAGAAAGAAGCAAAGGAAGGAAAGAAAGACAAGGACAGCGAUAAAGAAGAUGACGAUGCAGGGCCUGCCUGUGGUCCGAUCCCCUGCAACGAGAGAGUGGAAAGUCUUCUGAAGGAGAUCAAGCCUCAGAUCCAGAUACUGAAGGAGAAACUCAACACCGUGUCAAUGUGGGUGCAACUUCAGAUUCCCAAAAUUGAAGAUGGGAACAACUUUGGGGUAGCUGUGCAGGAAAAAGUGUUUGAAUUGUUGACCAACACUCGCACAAAGAUUGAGGGAUUCCAGACACAGAUCUCAAAGUACUACAGUGAGAGAGGGGAUGCUGUUGACAAGGCCUCAAAAGAGCCACAUGUGGGAGACUACAGGCAGCUGGUGCAUGAGCUGGACCAGUACCAGUACUGUGAGCUGCGCAUUGUGGUUCUGGAGAUCCGCAACACUUAUGCCGUGCUGUUGGACAUAAUUAACAAGAACUAUGACAAGAUCAAGAAGCCCAGAGGGGACUGCAAAGCCCUCAUCUACUGAUGAUCAACUGACUGUUGUAUGUGCACUGGAGACGGCAAUACACCUACUCAACCAUUCACUGGUUAUGAUACAAAUCGUGUAGUGCAACAUGUUAAGAUGAUUGUUGGGUAACUGAAUACAUUGACAGUUCAUUUAAAAACAUUUUCAUCAAUGAUAAAAAUAACCCUGCUGUAUUACACAAUCAUUUUUAUUCAGAUUUCAAAAUAAAGCAGUGAUAACUGACAUAA